AUGGUGACCGCUACCGACUCAUCUGACUGUCUAAUAACUUAUCCAGAUCCCAUCUACAGCACAUAUUUGACCCAUGCUCCAACAGCUAUGGCCAUGGAGAUAGACUUAGAAUCACCGAUCGAAUCCCCACCACCCGUCGUGGUCCCCAAACUGCUCCGUGAAGCUAGUGACAUCACAUGGCUGGAGUCUCUGGAAUCGAAGAAAGGCGAGGUUGUGCUGGUCCGGCGAGGCAGUCAAUACCGCCUAUUGCGCCAGCAGCAGUUCAAAAACAGCUUGCUCGCCAGUGUCGGAUACCUCGAGCUAGCUAACGCCGGUGACUUCGCCGCCAACGUCUGGAACCAAAUCCCCGUUCCGAGGUUUGCAGCUGUGCUAAUGGGAAUUGGGGGUACACUGGCCUUGGGAAUGGUGUUGGUUGCUAUUCAUGAUUUCCGACUGAGUUGGAUAAACGUCAGGCUGCUGCGAGCGGAGCGGAAUCACCUACAGCGUCUGAGGCAACAGCAAGAGAAAAACGAGGAACUGACUCGGCUCAUUGACAGCCGGCUUGGGGUCGGGGUUCGUGAAAUUGGCACCGAAGUGAUUGACCGGAUCUUGAUGGACGCUUUGAUGGGAUUUGGCUCGCUGUUGGUCGGUGUGGGUACUUUGAUGGCCAUUGGUGGUGCCAAUCCACAGGUCUAUAAAGCCAGUAAUCUGCUUUCUGGAUAUAUCGGAAAUGGCCUAGCUGCAAUUUUCGGCCUUGUCAAUGCCAUCUGGUCUGGGUAUCUCCUGUAUCGAUUCCAUGUGCACGAUGCUGCUGUUUCUGCGCGCGAGCCUAGUGAUGAUAUCCGUCGCCGUCUGCACACACGGUUCCGUCGCUUCCAAUGGCAUGCUGGUGUCAAUGGACUAAAUGGUCUUGUUGCUGGUGCUGCUUCUAUGGUCACUGCAGAGCGUUGGUGGGGCUACGUUCUCCUCAUUCCGUGUAUUAUCUCUCUAAUCAUAUGCAACUAUUUCUGGCGGAAAAAGCUGGGUUAUGAUCGUCCACUCCUUGGGCAUACAUCACCAACAGAUAUUCAGGUAACACCGCUCAUGGAAGACCUGCAAUACGUGAGUGUGAUGCAACGAGCUCUUGCCGAUCCUGAACAUUCCCUGCCGCAGUCCAUUGUUCAUCCUGACUCCUUGGACUCGAUUCUUCGUUUCAUUGUCCGUGAAAAUAUGCUUGACACAUACUGCGAGUCUCUUGUCAGCGAUAAAAGCACCCGUCAUCUGCUUGCUGCAUUCCCGUCUCUGAAAACAACCCCCGAUCAAAUCACCUUCUCCAUCGAGGCCCUCUCCCGCAUUCCACCAAGCCACCUAGUUCUCAUCCUGCACCAUGCAAAGAAAUUCCUACGGACGAUUGCUGUCCGUGUCUUCAUAAACCGCGAACGCUACCUCCUUGAGCUUUUGGGUUACGCCAUUUGUCAAAAUCACAAAAGAGGCACAGAAACCAUACAGGAUGACAUGAUAGAGUGCAACUAA